AUGUCUGGCCAAGAAAACAGCGAAGAUAUCCUCGGCAGGAAGGUCGAUCGUUGUAUUUCCGAUAUUUUGAUUAAAACAGGCACCGGUGUUUCUGUGGGCAUAAUUGUUUCGGUGUUAUUUGCUCGACGUCGUCCGUGGCCCUUGAUUUUUGGAACAGGAUUUGGUCUUGGUAUGGGAAUAUCAAACUGCAAUAGUGAAUUCAAGCAGCCGUUACCACUACAGUCGCAUAUAAUUAAAGUUCAGAAGAAAUGUGAUCUCUGA